GUGAGAUAUCAGAGUUGGAGUAUUAUGUUUUGUGGAAUCAUGACGCAUUCAAUUUUUAUCUUAUUGCAAUUUUGCCAGAUGAAAACCAUUGCGAGAAUAAUAUGCAUUACAGCUCUGCUUCUGACAUUUACCUCAGCAGAAGCUAAGAAAUGCAGAGCACUGGCUCUUUCUGGAGGUGGAGACAAGGGAGCCUAUGAAGCAGCUGUCUUCCAUGGUUUAUACGAAAACCUACCAGCCGAGGAAUUACAAUACGAUGUAAUCACUGGUGUAUCUGCUGGAUCAUUGAAUACAUUAGCUUUAUCGACUUUCGAUCCCACAGAUGUCCAUUCUGCUGCUAGUUAUAUGCUAUUCUAUUGGAGAAAUAUUUUAACCUUCCCUGAUCCUACGACAACAUGGGAUAUCCUCUAUGGGCUAAUGUUCAAACAAGGAAUGUUCACCCUAGACAAUUGAAAAAGAUGGCUAAGAGGUACAUUACCUGAAAAAUCUGUUAAAAGAAAAGUAUCAUUCGCUACGGUUGACUCUAUCGGAGCCACUUAUCAAGUCUGGGACUAUAAUGUAACUAAUUCAGAACCUGAAAAUAUCAGAGAGUCUGCCAUGGCUUCUUCUUCAAUACCAGGCUUCUUGCCACCAAUCAAGAGAAAUAACUAUCAACUUGUCGAUGGAGGGGUCAUCUGGAACAUUGAUAUUGAUUCUGCAGUCAGAAGAUGCAAGGAGGUCGUCAAUGAUGAAAAUGAUAUAAUCAUUGAUAUGAUUCUUUGUGGAAAUUAUCAGAUGAAAACAGUUGAUGACCUAGCAAAUUUCACUGCCAUGGAACAUUAUAAAAGAGCUAAAGAAAUAUCAGAUUUUUAUCAUGGCAUGGAUGACUACAAUUCUUCAAUUGUCCAACAUCCCGAUGUAAGCUUUAGAUACAUUAUUGCUCCCUCAGAACCUUUGUCUGAUGGAGGGGGCUCUCUAAGUUUUGACGAAAAGACAAUAGACAGAUGAUUUGAAAUUGGACAUAAAGAUGCCAAAAAUGCCGUAGAACUGGGAUCCGGAAAUAAUGGCAAAAUUCUCCUUGAAUAUACCCAAAAAUUCAAAGAAGGCCAAGAUGUAUGGCUAGACCAAAUGAUUGAUGGAGAAGUUUUAAAACUGAGACAAUCACAGCUGAAAGAAGGCAUUUCAGAAUAAUAGUGUUCUUUUCAUAAGUAUGCCAUAUCAUAGCCCUUA